GAUGUGGUUGUCUGCUUGGCGCUGUUGCAACCUCUCGGAGUUUACAUUAUUGGGGCAGGCCCUCGUCGUCAUCAACAGCUCUGCUCCCACCACCCACCAACCGCUUAGUGUGUGCUACCACAAGGCAUUACGUCUUCUACGAACCGCCAACCACCGACUGGCUGAGAGUUUCUGGCACUGGGUUUGGGAGGUAAUCGUUCGCCGCAUGACGAUGGUAUGUUUCAGUUUAGUUUUUGUUUCGGUUCGCGCAUCAUGUGGAAAAACUCCCGCGAUCCGCGCCCCAAAAAAAGUGUAAUCCUUAUACCCCCGUUUCAAGACGGUAGAGGUCUUGAUUCGGCGAGUGCCUAGAACUCGAUCUGUGUGUGUGGACGUCUUACUGCUAGGAAAGGGAAGUGCACCUGAUGCGAGAACAUUUGGAAAAAUCAGGAUCCGGCUGCAAUCGGAAUUUGACGCAGUGACGGUCGUUUUCAUCAGGAUUUGCUCCUCUGUUCAGUAUAAACUGUGGUUAUUCUCGGUGGAGUCGGUGGUCGAUGAAUAGAACGAGAUCAGCUGCGUUGGCCAAAGGAUGAAUUGCUCCCAAAUCUGGAUAUGUUAGAAAGAAUGCCUUGAAUCAGUAGUUCAUCCUUUUGGUGCAGUGCUAGUGUUAAAACAGAAUUUGAUAUUUUGGUUGUUCAACCAAAAGUUUGAGUUAGGGUUUCAUAUGAUGGCCUAUAUUAUUUCUGGGAGUUUAAAAAUAACAAAUUCAUAGGAAUUACACCGACAAUGAUGAAAUACCUCAACCAAGAAAACAGAGAAAUGCCCAAGGAUUACAGUGAUUGAAAACCAACAAAUUAGAACCUGAAACUGUGAUAAAGUGAAAUAGACGGAAAUUUAUUAAUCUGAAGCAGUGGAAACCCAUUCCUAGAGAAUUAUUUUCACCUUGACAUCAUACAUAGAUCAAAUCGGAAGAAACAAGUGGAAACCUCAUAGUACAAAAUCCAGAUGAAUUUAUUUAACUAGGAAAUAAAGCAAGAUUAAAGUUUGGAAUUUUUAAUUCUCAAUCAAGAAGAAGUGCCCCGAAAAAAUCCUUGUUCGUGUUAGAAAUAGUGGGAAACACGCAUCAAAUACUGAAGAGAAGUGGUAUCUCCCCGAAAAAAAGCAAGUGAACGAGCGAGAAGGAGCGUUUCUCUGCACCGAAUCAAAGUAACAAAAGCAAGAAGUAGUGACACAAUUUUGAUUAAAACUCACAUUCAAGACAAACCAUCCGAUCCGGGGCCGGGGCGAGUUUCUAAUUUCUCAAUCAGUUAAUGAAGUAAGAUUUCGAAAAAACGAAUGAAAAGGCAGUGAAGGAAAAACAACAACCCCGUCGUCCAUAGAGCGAGCGGUGAAGAAAAAUCCAGUGGAUUGCUGCCCGCGCUGUGUUGGUGAUUUCGAGACUGUGUUGAGUUCGGUAGGAUUUGCAACACUCCAAGUUUUUCGUAAUUUCUGACCUAUUGAGGAACGAAGUGUGGCUUGGAGUGGAAAAUUGCUACCGAACGUGCCAGCAGACCUCGUGUUGAAGAGACCCCCAGGAAAAGUGUGCUCCACGGCGCCCUCUCCACCUGUCCAUCCACGUGGUGUUUCUGUUUCUUCGGUGAGUGCCGGACCACGAUCUGGUAUUGUGUGGCGCGGCAAAAAGGUGGAGUGAGACGGCAGCACAUCCUUCAUUUAGCAGUGGAAAAACUAGCAAUUCAGAGGUGUGUAUAUACAACAUAAAGAGGAUAUCUCACCAAUCGUAGAAUGGUGUACGAACAAAUGCAGAUCUCAUCCUGGAUGUCGCAGCAAGCAUUGUUUCCCGACGAACACGUAAACAUCCACCAUCUUUGUCAGGAAUAUAAUGUCCACUGGUGAACCAGAUUCAGCUAGUUCGCAUGGCUUAGCGCGAGCAGUAAGCUUAGGCGGGGGCUCCUCGACCACAUCCUCCACCACAUCGUCGCAUCCCGUAAUGGAGCCCCCAGCGAGUAUCAUUAUGAAAGCUAAGGACGAACCCGAUUGUGAUGCGGAACGAAACGUAGAUUCCAGUAUGGACAGCAGCGCCCUAGCCAACUGUUUGUCGACGACGAUAUCGGCCUUACGGGCUAGUCGCAAUACCAGCAACAACGACGCAAACCGCGGCAGUAGCAUCGACGAUAACCUAUCUGAUAAUUCUGAAUCUACGACAACCAGCUCCGCUGCAGCCCAGUUGCUAGAGAACCUUAAGAAUAAUCUCAACAACAAUAACAACUCUAGUGCAAUUAACAACAAUAAUCCAUUGCACGCUAACAACAACAAUAAUAACAAUAAUGGCAAUCGAAAACUAUUCGAAUGCGACGUGUGCAAUAUGAAGUUCUCAAAUGGCGCGAACAUGCGUCGACACAAAAUGCGACACACCGGUGUCAAACCGUACGAAUGUCGGGUAUGUCAAAAACGGUUCUUCCGUAAAGACCAUCUAGCAGAACAUUUCACAACGCACACCAAAACACUGCCGUACCAUUGCCCGAUAUGUAACCGAGGUUUCCAGCGACAAAUUGCAAUGCGAGCACACUUCCAGAACGAACAUGUGGGUCAGCAUGAUUUGGUUAAAACAUGUCCACUUUGCAGCUAUCGUGCCGGAACAAUGAAAUCCUUGCGGGUACACUUUUUCAACCGGCAUGGAAUCGAUCUGGACAACCCAGGUCCAGGGACACCGUCCUCAUUGUUACUUGCAUUGGAUCAGCAUAAUCCUGCCAAUCUGUUGCCGGCUUUGGCCGCGAUGAAUGCUGUCAAUGCGUUUAGCGAUUCUGGCGAUUCGAUGCGAUCUGUGGAUAAUGCUACACCACCGAUGCACUUUCUCACACCCCACGUAGAGAUCUCGAUGGCGGAUAACAACGAAGUAGCUCUCAACUGCAGCCGCGACGGUCCAAACGGAACCAGCAACAGUACCAAUGGACCAGGUAGUGGUGGUGGUGGCAACAACGACCGGAACACACCGACCCCAUCGAUAUCCUCCGCGCUGGACAUACAGGCGAUAGUGCGGCCACCGAAUGGUGGUUCACCUUCGUCACCGCACUCGGCUGAUUCCAACGCACCUUCCAGUUCCCACUCGUCCUCUAUGCUUCCAUCUCUAGUACAAAGCUCAAGGCAUAUUAUUUUUGAUAACUCUAUUACACCAUCAAUCAGCUUAAUUCCUAUAAAACAGGAACCAACGACAAAUGAUGAGUACAAUGAAACCAAACCACGAAGCAACAGCAGUGCGGAAAACCCGUUAUGUAACAUAAGUAACUCGAACGACAGUAUGACACCGUCCUCCAGUCUUACUUCACUAAUAAAGGUAUCACCACUGAAAUCGCUUCUCCGCGAGGAUCUCAAACGGCGAAUCUCGGCCCGAGCAACGAGUCGUGCCAGCCGCAACGGAUUGCUCACCUCCCCGAAUCCGGCCAGCAGUAGUCCGAUACCGAAUAGCUGUAACGCUACUUCAUCUCCGGCGGCGGAGUGCGGUACCUCGUCAAGCAGCUCAAGCAGCAGCAGCAGUAGCAGCAGCAGCGGAAUCGGCACCAGUGUCAAUGGAACAUUGAGCAGCAGUAGCAUCAGUAGCAACAACGCCACGGCUGUAGCCGUUGCAACUACCUCAAACGGUACCAUCACGUCGACUGGACCAGAAGCGGACAUGCUACUGUCCGGUGGGCCCAAAUCGAAACGGCACCUGCAGUGUCUGUUCUGUGGAAUUGAGUUCCCAGACCAAACACUAUACUUUCUCCAUAAAGGAUGCCACAGCGAAAGCAAUCCUUGGAAAUGCAACAUUUGUGGCGAGCAGAUGAGCAAUGUAUACGAGUUCAACUCGCAUCUGCUCAGUAAGAGUCAUCAAUGAUGUUAGGCGAGGGAAAGGGAAACAUAUGCUGGUAAUGUUUCUCUUUUUCUGAUCGCUUCCUUGAAUACACAAAGCAUCCGGAAUGAUCAAUUGUUUGAUAAAUCCCAUUGGUUGGACUUCCUAAACUAUACUGUAGUACCAUUCGUUCAUAGAUAAUUUCGUAGCACUACUUCAUCUAUCUGCAUCUUCAUGAUGACAAAUAAUGAUUCUGUGUAGGAAUGACGCUGACACGGCUAACAGACAAGGAAAUCAGUCGUAACUGACUUUAAAAUGUCCAAGAAACUUUUCUAUUCGCUUUGAUCUUAGAUGUUUUUUGCUCAUGCGUAACCUGUCCAAUUUCUUAUCAUUUCGUUAUCUAAACCACUGAAUCGUCUAAUGGCAGAAUAACUGAAAUUGUUAAACGCAAAUAUAUUUAUUGUCCGUCCAAUAGAAUAUAAACGCAGUCAAGCGUAAAGGGGAUGAAAUUAACCGGAUAAAGCUGUACACAACGUUAUGUAGCCAAAGGUAGUAAAAACGUCGAUGACUAACUUAUCGAUCUACUCGAAAACGGUAGCUACGCAAUUCAAGCGUGCCUGAAGAAGUCACGGAAAUGAUUCGAUUUGUGCACCACAUUUGGCUUUGCAUCCUCACGGUCAUCACUGGUCAUUUUGGAUCCAUUAUCGAUCACAUUCAGAAUGGUAAAUUUGUUCUCGGUGAUACUUGACUGAUAGGAUUGCAAUACCAGCGGGUCAAAAUAUGGAAGACAACGAGUAACUGGAAACGAAAGCGAUUACGAAUGGAUGAUGCUCCUAUUGAUGGCUUUCGGGCCACAAUUCCUUCUUUUGAAUGGGGAAAUCAAAACGAUCGGAAAAUUUAAUCAGAAGGAGAGAGAAACAAGAGAGACAUAAAAAUAGUACCUGGAUAUGGACUUAAAUUUCUGCCGUUUAAUGGUAUGUCAAUGACAGUGGCGUAUGUAGGAAGGCAAAGAAGGCAUUCGUCCUGGGUCCAACGUUUUUUUUGGGACGGCAAAUCAAUUCUUGGGACUAUACCGAUCCCUCCAGAGAUGAAGUUGAGGAAACUUUUUUUUUUGAUCACUAACCCAACUAUGGGGGCGGCAAAUCAAAUUUUGCCCCGAGCGCAAAUUUUCCGGUGCGCCAUUAAUCAAUUCAAUAUUCAGAUUUUCAGCAAGAUAGUGAAAUAAUAUUGCUCUGGAUUCACUAAAUAUUUAUUUUUACAUUUUACACUGAAUAUUUAUUUUUACAUUGAAGAGGCAAAUGACCUUAAGGUUGAAACCUCAACAAUCGAAAACAAAUUAACAAUGCAUAACAGCAACCCAGCUUUCACUACUAUACUAAUAGUUAGAAAAAUUUUCCGGAUAUUUUCUCACUUCAAUGCAACGCAACCGAUUGUAUUGCACAGUGUAUUUUUUUUCUUUUCUAUUAUAGAGAUUUUAACUUUAUGGUCAUUCGCCUCUUCGGGUCAAAAUACUUUUCUGACCCUAUGUGCGGGGUCGGGAAUCGAACCCAGGUGGGUUGCAUGAAAGGCAUCGGCUAUCCUAUACCCCUCCCCGCAGCGCAGUUCUCAUACAUUUUUUCAUUUGAGAACUAUCGUUUUCAGUCUUCGAGAAAUUAUUUCCGUGACUUGCUACCGAUUUUUUUGUUUUAUAUUUCAUUUGUUUUUUGCAUUGCAUAACCAAUCUUCUACAGAUGUGUAACUAAUUCCCCAACUGAUGAAAAGAAGAAGAUAUUUUUCUCACUUCCUGGUUAUUUAGUAGGCAUAUUGAUUAGACUAGUAACACAAUGUUAGUUUAUAGUAUAAAUUCGACCGUUAAGUUUGAUAGUUUUUUUCCGUUGUGUAUAAAAAGAGAUCUUUAUAAACGGUGUGCAGAGUUUUUUGUUUUGUUUUUUAUUUCAAUUAAGUCUUUAAGCCGGAGAACAAUUAUAUUUACAGCCCUAUUUUAAGUUUUCAAAUCGUAAUAAGAAAUUAUAAAACAGGUAAAGGCCAAGAUGUAACAGAAAGUUCGAUAUAGUGGAAAGAGACUCAGCGGCAAGAUAAUAUGUUUAUAUUAAAGUAACAUGUUGUUGUUGAUUAAAUUAAGGGAAAUUUAAAGUCAACAUUGUGCAUUGAUCUUAGCAAAAUAACUGACAAAAUUGAAACACUAACAUUUAGAAUGAGACAGGGAUACUUUGCGCUAUAUCUUUCACCUGUAGCUGUAGAACAGAGAAGCCAACUGAAACGUACUUAAAAUCAACUAAUAGAUACGCAAUUAAGAAGUAUUGAGAAGAUUACAAUUAAAGUUCAAAAAAUAUAUCGAAGCACCACCACGAAUGCCCACUGUGCUAGUAACAACACUAAAAGAAAAACACACAGACACAAACACUCAAUAAUCAAUAACUAAGAGAAUAUAUUCUGGACCAAAUUCGCUCACACUUACUAGUUCACUGAACAAAGCGAAAAAACACAUAACCUGAAAAAUCCGUGCUAAUUCCGUGAACAAUUUUAACACACUUUAGGAAAUUAUUACCGUUUUAAUAACAAUUACAAAUUUUACCAAAAAAUAUGCAAACCUUUCGCGAUUAGAAAUCGAAAGUCACGAAAUAUAGCAACCUUGACGGUACCUAAAACUCGAAAACUGUUCAAAACAAAAUUUGAUAGAUGUUUUUUCAUUUACUUGACAUUAAUCUAGUAUUGAGUGGAUUUUUAGGAAUAAAACAUUUCGAAUAAUCUUCAAAUUUUCAAAAUUAUUAAUCAAAUUCACAUGUUGUGCAAAAGAAAAUCAUACAGCAUAGUGUUCAACUUUUCUCUAAGCUUUGCAUCUGAUAGAUGAGAUCUAAAAUUGGAUAACAACUUUCAAAUCUACAUUACGCAAACAUUAUCGAUAUCGACAACGAGCAAAAGUUACAAACUUAUUGGCAGUUAAAAGCAGCACGUUUCUAUUCAGAACUAAUCAAUUCGUUUCUUCUUUUGAUUGGCUAAAGUGUAAAUACCGUUCUUGCAUAAACCAAAAAAACACCUACUAAAACUCAUUACAAUGCGCACUCACCAUAACCCCAUUAGCCCUUACAUUUAGAAAGACACACUAACCUCACAUGUACUUUCACACAAACCACAUCACACUCGGCCACCCUGGUAGAAUGACGUUACAAAGUACGGUGCCUUCCUAUGAAUGUGAAAGAAAGCAGGGAGAGUGAAUGAGAGCGAUUGGGAAGCGAACGAACAGACUAAGUGGACCGCUUCGCUUUGAUCUAUAACCAAGAAAAACCGAUUAAAAACAUCAACAAACCAAAAAUGCAACAAACCGAAGAUAGAAGCAACAAAUAUUUGAAAUAAUCAGGAUAGAUCUGGGUUCGAAUAUCAAGUUUAAAAACACCGUUUAAGCAAAACCAAGUAAAUGUAUGACAAGCGGAAAUAGAAAUAACACGGGAAAAACUAAAACAGUAGAUAGACACAAAUAUAUUUUCAAAAAAUAAAAAGAAAAUAACAAGUGCAAGAAAAUGCAAGCAAACUUUUCUAAAUAGAACAAAACGGAGAACAUAGAGAAAUAAAUAACUUAAUUUAAAAGAGAACGCAACCAACAUUAAAGCAGGCCUUAUAAUUACCAAUUAAUGCGAGAAGAACAGCAAACAAGAUAGCUGGGGAAGGUAAUGCAAAGGAGAAAAUGGUAAACAAAGCAGAAGGAAACCAAACCAAGUAAAGCAACAUAAAAUGAAUUAAAAGGAAUUAGAUAUUUUUUAUAUAAUCGUUGCAUGCGAUGAGAACACUAAUUGAAUAUUAUACAAAAAUAACAUAAAAAAACAAAAAAUAAUUUUAUUUACUUAUAAGGUAAUGUUCAAAGUAAGACAUAAAUAGCAAUGUCAACAAAAGUAUAAACAGACAUGUUAAGAAAAGCAGGAAACUGUCACAAAAGCUGGCGACUAAUUUUAAACCGCAUGGAGAACAGCGAUUUAAUAAAAACAUUCCGUCUAUAUGUGAUUUUUAGAGCUAGGUGGGCUAAAGCCGUAUUGAAUAAACGGAAGAUUCGAUAAAAAAGGUAUUGAAGUGAUCGAAGCCAACAUCAAAAGAGUUUUCCCCGUUCAUUCUUUUUUAGGAUAUUGCAUACUGCUGAAAGGUGUAUUUUUGUUAAGCUGUGUUUUUCUCAAAAAUAUAUCAUCGUUUCCAUCUACUAUUAGCAGUUCAAAGUUAUGCUGAAACCAGGCUCUACGAUUGUUUAUGCAUACAAUGUAUUCUCAUAAUCUUCAGUUGUUUAUUAUAGUCAAUAAAGUGUUUCAAAAAUGCAACAAAAACGCUCUUAUUACUUUAAGCUUUUCGUUGAAGUUUUCUAGGGCUCAAUACAUUGAAUACAAAGAUUUUUUUUUUCGUUUCAUUUGAAACUGAGGCAAAGCAGGGCGAGUCGGUAUUUUAUGUUUACUCGGUGGCAAAUUGAAAGAAAACAUUCAUACUAGAGCAAGAAGGUUUCGCGGGGUCAAAUAACAGCGAGAAGUGUUGAUCUGACAUAAAAUAAAUGUAGCAAAAAUACCACUGAAUUCAGGCGGUUAGGAAGAAUGAAGUACUAUCACAAUACAUGCGAAUAUGAGAAGAGAAAAGAAAUGAAAUACAUACAUAUUACUAUUAUAAACAAUGGUGAUGGUUCAAAUUAUGAAUUAAAAACGAAUUAUGAAACAAACUCAAAAACAAAA